AUGUCUGAUCAUAACGCUGCAACGUUGAAGCCUCAUGUUCCAACGUAUGGACCAUGUUCAAUUCGAGAUUUAAAACCUGGCGAAGUCAAACUAUGGUGCACCUGUGGACUGAGUCAAAAGCAGCCAUGGUGUGAUGGUUCACACAAAGACACUUCGUUUCGUCCAUUGAAAUGGACUGUGCCCGAACAUGCACAAACCGUGUAUUUGAUAUGCGCAUGCAAAUAUACGAAAAGUCCGCCAAUAUGCGAUGCAACUCAUAUUGGCCUAACAUGUCCCAUUCGUGAACAAAUUGAAGGUUGUCCGUUGAAACAAGAACAUAGCGAUCUCGGAGACCGAAAGCUUUGUGAACAAUGUGGUUUUGUACCAGAUUGGUGA